GCCGAAUUCGGUUUUCGCGAGUGCCGAUGUUCAUUUAGUGGCAGUUGACCAUAAAUUAGUUUUGUUUUUAAAGUGAUGGAUACAGAGCAUUGAGGUCGGUGGAAAGCAGAUGUAACACAUCCUCAAGAUGCAGCCAUUCCAGUCGAGCGGCCGCGCAGACGGUCCCCGGGAGUCGUCACCCGACCGGGCCAAAUCUCCUGACACGCCAGCGCCAGUCCUGAACUUCUCUAUAGCAAGGUUAAUGGAACCAGACAGAAAGAAAUCUGUAUCACCGGAGCCACCUCCUCCUCCAGGUUUCCUCUCCUACGGAGCCCAACUAUUAGAUUCAGCAUUCAAACAGUACAUACCCUCAGCUAGGAGGCAGUUGGUAUCUCAUUAUCCACUGCUGUAUUAUAGCCCCGAUUUAGUAUCUUUGACUUACGCUCACCAAUUACAUCUGCCAAGACCACCACCAGCGCCAACGUCUCCUGUCCAAAGACCUCCAAGUCCCAGACAACCAGCUGCUGAUCACGCCGUAUCAUCAACUACAGGACCUACACCGUCUCCAGCAAAGAACAAGAGUUUCGCUUGUGGCGACUGUGGGAAGGUUUUUAAUGCGCAUUACAAUUUGACGCGGCAUAUGCCAGUGCACACUGGUGCGAGGCCAUUCGUCUGCAAAAUAUGUGGCAAGGGAUUUCGGCAAGCGUCUACAUUGUGCAGACAUAAAAUUAUUCACACAUCAGAGAAGCCCCACAAAUGUCUGACUUGCGGGAAAGCAUUUAACCGAUCAUCGACGUUGAACACUCAUGCUCGUAUCCACGCUGGGUACAAGCCGUUUGUCUGCGAAUUCUGCGGCAAAGGUUUCCAUCAGAAAGGCAACUAUAAAAACCAUAGAUUGACGCACAGCGGCGAAAAGGCCUACAAAUGCAACAUCUGCAAUAAAGCAUUCCAUCAGAUCUACAACCUGACCUUCCACAUGCACACACACAACGAACGAAAGCCAUUCACGUGUAACAUAUGUGCGAAGGGUUUCUGCAGGAAUUUCGACCUUAAAAAGCAUACGAGAAAGUUGCAUUUGGGUGUUGUAAACUCUAAUAAUGGAGACUCGUCUUUGGACACUCAAGAUGAGUCUACGCAAGAGGCUACAACGAGUCCUGGAGAAGAGGCUGGAAGGGCGGCCUUCAGGCCUUUCUUGGGGUCUUCGUACCCUCGUCUAUUAGACCCGGCACGGAUGGCAGCGCCGAACAAUUUCUUCUCUAAACUGUUGUGA